CUAAGAUCUUCUCAGUUCUUGUCCUGUCCACGUGUUGCUCCCUCAUGUCAUCUCAAAGAAGAGUCAUUAAGCUAUAUUGUAGACACUCUAAAGUGGUUAAAGCCGGAACGGAAAGUAGAAUGCUUAGAGUGGCAAAGGCAGUCUUCUAUCCUUGGUGUACCAUUAGUUGUGCAAAUGCCUGUCUCGACGGAUUCACCUCGCUUUCUUCACUUUUCUGUUUUCGCCAACGUCAAAAGAGAUCAUUACUGGUCCUUCUGUAAUCGUGUAGUAGUCUCUUUUGACAAAGAGGGCUCUUCUUUUCAUUGUAAAUGUUGCCGUUCUCGCCGUUCUUGUGUUCAUAAAUCUCUUGUGAAAUGGGCGCUGUCUCAGUGGCAUCGUGAGGCUCUUGGUCUUGUUCGAAUCACUUCAAACGAAGAAGAGGAAGGUCAUAUGGAAGAUGGUAAUGCUCUUCCUGACCUUGAGAGAGAUAUCGGUGGUGAUAUGCAAGAAGUUCUUCUCCCAAAUCAAUCUGGAAAAUUCUAUCCCCCGAUUGGAGACAAUGCAGUUAAACUUGUGAGGUAUCUUUUUUCCGAGAAGAAAAUCCCAGCAAAGCUGCCACUCUCCUUGACAGUGCAAAAAGACGACUUUAUUACAAGCCUUUGCCCAGUGGAGACAUCUUGCUUGUAUUGUAACCUGCCUUUAAGUGAGCCUGUUUGUAUUACGAGGAAUGCCAAAAUUGUGACAUUAAAAGGAAUUAUUGAAGGGGUUUCUGUAUACGUAAAGUUCUGCGAUGAAUGUAAGCUUCCGUACAGAUACCAAGAGUUCAGUGAUGGUGUGCAUAAUUUUAACGAUAACUGGAUUCUAAGCUUGGGGUUAUGCGACAUGUUACGAAAACAUCUUCAGGUAUCGAUGCAAGUUCACAAUGCUGUUAGUCGGACUGUUGAAGCAAUUGAAAGCUGGUUACAGUUGCAACCAUUUCAGCUCCCACGAAGUUCAAUGUUGAAUGCGUACCUCCACUUUGAAGCUCUUACUGACCACAGUUAUUCCUUCUCUUGUGUGCUUUGCGGAUAUUUUCCUCCAUUGCUGACAUUGGACGUUGAUAAGAAAGGAGUGUUUGAACUGGCAGUAAGUGAGCUCGAAGUUGCAAGAACGGAAUCUGAAGUUGAUACUAACCCCGAAAUGGUUGAUGCUGAUGAUUUCUGGGAACGGGUUAAUGUGCUAUUUUGUACAGAGGGAUACUAA